UCAAUGUGCAUUCUGUACGACGAGCGAAGGAGAGCUUGGCUACCGGUGAAAAAGAGAACGAUCGAGGUCAGAAACGAUCGCAACUCAACGCGAGGAAACCACAUUCACAAUCCAGUCUUAGACCGACUGAGCAGGAAUCAACAAUUUUUCUUGUACCGCGCGCUGCCGUCCAACGUUUACCUUCCGAAGACACCGAACACCAAGUGCGUCUCGCGUUUAAUCAAAGAACAAACAAACAAAAUUGAACAAACUCUGUGCAGUUUCCACAAAAAUGUUUGUGUCGUAAACAUACGAAACGCGCAUCUGGGAUUAUUAUUGCCGCUUUCGCAUUUGAUCUUCAGUCCUCCGGUGGAGGAGAAUCGCGGUUAUGAGCGACUACGAGCGGAUCCGAAGGGCAUGCUUGAAGCGCGGUGAGCUCUGGGAGGAUCCAGAUUUUCCUGCCGCCCAGUCCUCCGUUUUCUAUCAUCAAACGCCGCCCUUCCAGUUCCAGUGGAAGAGGCCCAAGGAUUUGUGCAAUCGACCUGGAUUCGUGCAAGAUGGACCUGCACAAUUUGACAUCACAGCAGGAAAAAUGGGUGAUAGAUGGCUGGUGUCAUGCCUGGGGGUGCUGUACUUGAACAAAGGCCUCUUCUACAGGGUUGUUCCAGCGGACCAGAGUUUCUCUAACGAUCAGUACGCCGGCGUGUUUAGGUUUAGGCUGUGGUGGUGCGGCGAAUGGACCGAAGUCCUUGUCGACGAUCGACUUCCAGCGGUUCACGGCCGGUUGGCCUUCCUACAGUCCCAACAUUCUGACCACUUUUGGCCGGGACUCCUCGAGAAAGCCUACGCCAAAUUGCACGGUUCGUACGAGGCGUUGAAGUACGGCAGUCUCCUGGACGGACUGGCCGAUCUAACAGGAGGAAUCACCGAGAGCAUUCCCAUAAGACAGGAUGGAACUGCAUGCGCUAGACUUCUGCACAAGCUUCUGGACAUGACGUCGAUAAUUACUGCAACUGUGCAGCCACCUAAUUAUCAGGCGAAGCCACACAUCGAGAAGCUGCCGAACGGCAUCCAGAUCGGAACUAAUUACAGACUGUACGCCGUGGACAGGGUGGAGAAGUUCAACGGGGAAGCCACGCAACUAGUCAAACUGAGGAACCCUCUUGGUCCUGCAGCAGAAUAUACAGGUCCCUGGUCUAUGGAGUCUGCGGAUUGGUCGGAGGUUGUAGCGCAGGACGUAGAGCGGGUGAAAACCAAAUCGUCGGAGGGCGAAUUCUGGAUGCCGUUCGCGGAUUUCGUCAAAACUUACACGAAUCUUGAGAUCGUGCACCUGGAUAGCAAUACUAGUCGCGACGAGCCAAGUCUUCACAACAAGAACACUUGGCAGAUGAGGCUGUAUCAAGGUAACUGGCAGAAGGGAGUGUCUGCAGGGGGCUGUAGGAACAACCCGGACACAUUCCACAUUAACCCGCAGCUGCAUCUCCUGCUCAGCGAGCUGGAGGAGGUCGUCGUCUCCUUGAACCAACACAGUAUAAUGGAACCGAAGGUCAUCGGUUUCACCUCUUACUCACUUCCCAAAAAUAUGACCGAGACCAUCGGCAGAGCGUUCUUCAAGAAGAACAAGUCCCUCAUCAAUUCCCAAUAUACUAACAGCCGGCAGGUUAGUCACAGAUGUCAGCUGGAGCAGGGCGGAUACCUUAUCCUGCCGACCACCUUUGAACCGGGCCAGGAGUGCGGCUUCACCCUACGUGUCUACUCGAGUAAACCGCUCAAACUUAAACUACUCGAUACUGUUCCUUACCUCUUCAAAUCAGCCAUAGUUAAAGCUCCGCCCUUGCUGGACGGCAAAAGUUUUAGCCAGUACGAAUCGGUUUUCCUUCAGCUAGCCGACGAACAUCGAACAGUCAACGCAUUCGAACUUCAAGAACUUCUCGACGCCUGCUUACCCAACGAUUACAUCAAGAGCUGCGCAUCAAUUGAAGUCUGUCGGCAGGUCGUUUUAACACUCGACUCUUCAGGUAUAGGACGACUGAAAUUUAGUGACUUCAAGGAUCUGAUGUGCAGCUUAAAACAUUGGCAAACCGCUUUCAAAAAUCACACUAAAGAGAAGACGGGAAUCUUGAAGGCGGAACGCCUUUGCGACGCUCUAAUGGAGGUCGGCUUCCAAUUGAGCAGCGAAGUUCUAGCAAUUUUAAUAUUAAGGUAUAUGAGGAAAGAUGGCACACUUCGGUUCGGCGAUUUCGUUUCAGCAAUUCUACACCUCACUGUCGCUUUCAGUAUCUUUGAAAGCAAGGACCCCUUACAAAAUGGAAAUGUUAAAGUAAAUUUAUCAGAGUGGCUCAAAUCUUCGUUAACAUGUUAAUAUAAUAUAAAGCAGAUUCAUUGUAUAUACUUUUAUAUAUAUUUUUUUUAAAAGUUC